AUGAUUAUCGCUAGCUAAAACCAAAGAAAACUUGUGAAGGCAUAUGAUUAUGUAACAACUAUAUGAUCCUCGCACUAACUUUUCCAAAUUAUGAAUGCUCAAGAUCACCCGGAAGAUCCAUUCAUAUCAUCAUUAGUUAGACAAAUAAAUAGGGACAACAGUGAGUUAUUAGAUAAAUAAAAUAGGGACAACAGUCAAAAUCACACGGACCAAAAACCAACCUUAGCCCAAUCAUUAGAGAGGCUUCCAAUACCAGAACCAGACGAUUAUCUGCUAUCUUGUCUAAAGACCCAGGGUCAAUCGCGGCUAUGCAGUGGCGUAAAGUACAAGCACAAUAUACUUAUGGGAGGCCGGAGGCAUCUACUGCAGCUACAUAUCUCUACAACUAAAAAGAGCCGGAUGUUAUCGUCUGAUAGGCUUCAUCCCUUCACCCGUACGAUUGACCGCAUGCACGAUGUUAACUUCCAAAAAAUGCCACCCUUCCAGGCCUCCACCGCAUAUCCCUUCACAUAAUGCCACCAGCCGGUUAAUCGACCCCCCGCCCCCCUCUCGACGCCGGAUCCCCUCCACUCCGCGAGGCCCCUCCCACCGCCCCCACGGCCGCCGCCCCUCGCUCCCACGGCCGACGCCGACGCCGCCGCUCCCCUCCACUCCGCGAGUCUCCUCCCCUCCGUCCCCAUUGACACCGCCGCCGUCGCAGCGAGACCGCGGGUCUCCCUGCCGCCCGCCCCAUCGGCAGAUCUCCGGGACGCCGCACGCCUCUCCAGUUCUCCACGACCGCGGCAAGUCCAGGGUCGACGGCCGUCGAGGAGCGGCCGCGGUACCCCCAGCAGCGCAGCACCUAUCGGUCAGUUCGACUGAGAACGGCGCCGGAGACGACCUGCCGCGCGGCACCUCCAGCGCCGACGAGUGGCCGCGGCACGCCCAGCUGCAGCUUCUUCUUCAACUCCUACACGCUCGCUGCUAACAGUGGGACAAUCUCGCCGCCGGACGACCUCGCUAAGCCUCUGCCAGAGCAGGAGCGCGGAGGACAGGGCAACGGUCCUGCACUGCCAUCAUCGACUGCUUGCCACUUCCAGUUUUUUAGGGUUCCAUUAAAUGGAGAAUAGCGGUUCACGUACACCACUCGGAGACAAUACCAACACUACCAAUGGAGGAAGAUCUAGAGUUCGCAAAAGGGAGACAGAUAGCGCUCGAUGGCACGGAAUGUCUCAAGAGAAAAGGGACGAUACAAAUAGAAAACGUCGAGAAGCGUAUAAAAGAAGAAAGGAGAGAAAGGAGCAACACCUAUGUAUCGAAAAUACCAAUGGUAGUAUAGUAGAAAUGUUGUGAAUGACAAUAUAAUACGCAUAUUAUUAUUGGUGAUUCUUAUAUUUGAUGUGUCACAAUUGGUAGAUGGUGUGGAUGCAUCAAACAAGGAAAAUAUUGAUCCUACUGAAACAGAUGAUUGGUUGCAUAGGGAUGAUUCAUUCCAUGCAAAAAACAUUGAUGAUGAACUUAUAUCCAAUCAGUUACCAGGUGGUGAGGUAAUUACUGCUCGCAACAUGGUUAUGAAUUAUCAAAGGCAAUCACAAUGCACCCAGGAGCAAAUCAUGGCUCAUCGUGCGUCGUCUAUGAAGAGCCAUGCAAACAUGACACAUGCACAAUGGGAACAAAGGAAAAAGCGACAAAAGCUUUACAAUCAAGCUCCAUCUCGUAAAGAGGCAAUGAAAGUUACUACAAACCGCUUUAGGGAGAUACGGAGACACACCUUAAAUAGUGAGUCCAUCGCAAUGGAGAACCCACACUUUAAUCCAACGAUGGAGUGGCCCAUUGCAAACUCAUCCGGGCCUCAGGGUCCCACAAUAAGCCCCAGUGAUUGGACUAUCCCAGAAUCUAGUGCAACACCUAUUUGCUUCCCCCCACAAGCGAAAGAGGAGACAUAUGAUGAUGAAGAUGAAUGCGGUGAUAUACCAUCUGGUCACACGACACAUAGACAAAAUGUACCAUCUGGGCAAAGACAUGUAUUGUUAGCGCAUCGUAACACUAUGUUCGAGCGCCGCAUCGGUCAAAGCACAGGAGUAUCUAAUAAUGAUGGUGAAGACCACAAGGAUGAAAAUACGCCCUUACCUCAGUCAACUAUGACGAACAACGAAAGCGCUAGACCAAGCAAUCAACUUGCUUCAGCUACACCUGAACAACCAUUAUUUGAUGAUACAGAUGAUGAUGAGGGCGAUAUAUUUGAAGAUGAUGAGGAAGAGGAUGAGGGAUACUUGUUUGCUGGUCAAGAGGAAUCAGAUGACGAUGUCCAAAGUGAUACUACCGAGGAAGACACGACUUCUAACCUUGAAGGACCUGACCCGUAUGAAGUGGUGUAUAGUAACAUGCCUAGGGAGACACACAUGCUAAAACCUGUCCCAGAUUGCAAACAUUGUGGAGCAAAGAGGUUUCCAAAAGAACCUCCUGGGUUUUGUUGUCGCAGCGGGAAGGUUGAGCUGAAUGCGCCCGUCAUACCAAACCAGCUUAUGAGGCUUUGGACAAGCUCUGACGCGGAUGCUAGGCACUUUCGUAACAAUAUCAGAUUUUUCAAUGGCCACUUCUCUUUCACUUCCCUGUAUUGUCGCCUCGACAGUGCUACUGCUAACAUUAGAAACAGCGGCAUAUAUACUUUUCGUGCACAUGGCAUGAUCUAUCACAACAUAAGGUCAUUUGGGAGAGAAGAUGGUAAGGAGCCCAGGCAUCUUGAGCUUUACUUCUAUGAUGACGAUCUGAGCCUUGAGUACCGGUACCGAAGGUGUCGUGAAGAGCAGUAUCAAAAAGAUAAAGAAGUUAUAAAUAGACUGGUGGCCAUCCUUCGUGAAAACCCGUACUCACAACAUUUGAGGAGUCUGGGGAACACUGAACACCUCGAGGACUAUCGUGUGACACUUAACCUCGAUCAGCGAUUGGACCAAAGGACAUACAACGUGCCGAUGGCUUCAGAGGUGGCUGCUAUUUGGAUCGAGGGUAGUGAACUCCUUGGUCAAUUUCAGAAUAGUGUUGUCCUACAUGGGAAAGAUAGGAGUAGGCAUGGCAUCCGAUCAUACCAUGGAUGCUAUGAUGCUCUUUCAUACCCACUCUUUUUCCCUAGAGGUGAGCUUGGAUGGCAUAUGGAUAUCCCAAAGAAAGGUGUUACUAUGGAGGAUGUCAACACGGCUCGUGCCCUGCGUAAGGCUCGUAGUGGUAUUGAAGAAGAAGAAAUAGGUUUGUAUAUCUUCUUGUACUUUUCAUGCAUAUCAAACCAUUAUCACAUGAACACCUCUAAUAGCAUAGUUUUUUCAGACUCUCCGGGAAAUUUAUGUGUUUCUGUGCGUGACUACUACUGCUACAAGUUCCAGAUACGACCAGCAAUAUUUAAUCCCAUACUUUAUGGCAAGCGUCUUUUUCAACAAUUUGCAGUGGACACAUACAUCAAAAUCGAGAGUUCUCGAUUGGAUUACAUACGCAAUCAUCAAACUGAGAUUAGGGCUGAUCUCUACCAAGGAUUGGUUGAUAGCCUACAUGCUGGUGAGGGUAGAUCAGAAGCUGUUGGAAAGCGGACAGUGAUGCCUUCAUCGUUUAUCGGAGGCCCGAGGGACAUGAGACGUAGAUACAUGGAUGCCAUGGCACUGGUGCGAAGGUUUGGAAAACCAGAUAUAUUCCUGACUAUGACAUGUAAUCCAAAGUGGGAUGAGAUCACACGUGAGUUGUACCCUGGACAAACACCACAGGAUCGUCCAGACCUUAUUGAUCGGGUCUUUAGGGCAAAACUAGAAGAGCUUAAGCACAUGUUGUUAAAAAAGGAUAUCCUUGGAAAGGUUCGUGCACACGUGUAUGUUGUGGAGUUCCAGAAGAGGGGUCUACCGCAUGCACAUUUUUUGCUAAUCAUGGACAGACGCUACAAGAUCACGUGCCCAGAGCAGUACGACCUUCUCAUCUCUGCCGAACUCCCAAACAAGAAGAAGUAUCCAGACUUGUAUAAAAUGGUUACAAAGCAUAUGAUGCAUGGACCUUGUGGAGUACUUAAUCGCAAUUGUCCGUGCACAAAGGGCCGUGAAUCAUGCAAGAACCGUUACCCACGACCUUUCUGUGAUGCCACAUUACAGGGCAAGGAUUCAUACCCAGUUUAUAGACGACGAGACAAUGGUAGAAAAGAAAAAGUUCGCGGACACGAGCUUGACAAUAGAUGGGUCGUGCCUUAUAACCCAUACCUCCUACGUUUGUUCAACUGCCACAUCAAUGUUGAGGCAUGUGGGAGCAUCAAGGCCGUGAAGUAUUUGUUUAAGUACAUUUACAAGGGUCAUGACCGCACAUCUGUGGCUAUGAGAGAGGCUGACAAGGAGGACAAUGAAGGAAACAUCGAUGAGAUCAAACAGUACAUGGAUGCUAGAUGGGUAACUCCAUCAGAAGCCUUAUGGAGGAUAUAUGGUUUUGAUAUAAGUGAUAGGUCCCCUUCGGUGUUGUCCUUGCAGCUCCAUCUUCCUAAUAUGCACAUGGUGUCAUUUUACCAGCGCGAGGGUGUUCGACGUGUGCUUAAUCGUCCAGGUGUUGAAAGGUCGAUGCUCACAGCCUACUUUGAGAAGAACAACACAUCUGAACAUGCUCUUGGUAUAUUGUAUCGAGACUUUCCUGAGUACUAUAAGUGGGACUCACAAGGAAAACAAUGGAUUAGGAGGGCACAAAAGAAUCAUUUAAGACAGAUUGGAAGAGUUGUAUGUGCCAAUCCGGCUGAAGGGGAGCGUUACUAUCUUAGGGUGCUUCUAAACCACGUGGCUGGUGCUACCUCGUUCACUGAUCUAAGGACAGUGUCUGGCGAACUACUACCAACUUACCGUGAAGCUGCAGAAAGAAGGGGCCUCAUUGAAGCGGACAACACGCUGCACGAGGGCCUUGUUGAAGCUACUCUGUGGAUGAUGCCAUAUGCACUACGAAGGCUCUUUGCAACAAUUUUGGUUUUCUGUGAGCCGAGUGAUGUAAUAGAACUCUGGGAAAAGCAUAAGGAGGCAAUGUCAGAGGACUACAGGCGCAAUAACCAAUCCAGCUUUACAGUGGAGCAGAUGGUCCUCAUAGAUAUUCGAAAGUUGUUAGAAUCAAUGCAGAAGGACAUAAAGAUGUACCCACUUCCUGAUAUCGAUGACACAUAUGAUCCAUCCGGUGAUAUUCCUAGGGAGAUUUUUGAGGAGGCUAGCGUUGAGGCAAGCAUUGAUGACAUGGCACUAUCAAAGACUCUUAACGAGGAGCAGCAGGCAGCCUAUAACGAGAUUAUGUCUUCUGUUGAUAGCGAUAAUGGGGGUUUGUUCUUUGUGGAUGGACCUGGUGGCACAGGAAAGACUUAUCUAUAUAGGGCCCUACUUGCUACUAUACGUAGUCAGAACAAGAUUGUCGUGGCAACAGCAACAUCUGGUGUUGCUGCGUCAAUAAUGCCGGGUGGUAGAACCGCCCACUCGCGCUUCAAGAUUCCCCUCACCCUCGAUGAUGGGGCCUUUUGCACCUUCACAAAACAGAGCGGUACUGCUAAGCUGCUUCGGACCGCAUCCCUUAUUAUUUGGGAUGAGGUGACGAUGAUGAAGAGGCAAGGUGUCGAGGCGCUAGACAACAGCCUCCGUGAUAUCAUGGAUCGUCCUAACCUGCCAUUUGGGGGCAAGACUGUGGUGUUUGGUGGAGAUUUUAGGCAAGUUCUCCCAGUUGUUCGAAGAGGGUCUAGGGCUCAAAUAGUUGGUGCCUCACUACGGAUGUCGUACCUUUGGAAUUCCAUGCGACAUCUCAAAUUGGUGCAAAACAUGAGGGCAAAGAGCGAUCCAUGGUUUGCAGAAUACUUGCUACGCAUCGGGGGAGGCUCAGAGGAGGCUAAUUGUGAUGAUGAAAUCCACCUUCCUGAUGAUAUAUGCAUUCCACAGACUGGGAAAGACAAUGAUCUUGAUACAUUAAUUGACUACAUAUUCCCUGCCCUCAAUGCUACUAUGUCAAACAAGAGCUACAUCACCUCACGAGCAAUAUUAUCUGCACGGAAUGACUGGGUUGAUAUGAUUAACAUGAAGAUGAUAAGUCGUUUCCAAGGAGAUGAGAUGGUGUACCAUAGCUUUGAUAGUGCAGUGGAUGAUCCUCAUAACUAUUACCCAUCUGAGUUCCUCAACACUUUGACCCCCAACGGUCUCCCUCCACAUGUGUUAAAGCUCAAGAUUGGGUGUCCGGUCAUAUUGCUAAGGAACAUCGAUCCUGCGGGUGGACUUUGCAAUGGAACCCGGUUGGUGGUUCGAGGGUUCCAAAGAAAUAUUAUCGAUGCAGAAAUUAUGGUUGGAGACCAUGCCGGAAAGCGAAUCUUCCUACCACGGAUUCCAUUAUGUCCCUCAGAUGAUGAGAUGUUCCCGUUCCAGUUUAAGAGGAAGCAGUUUCCUAUUAGACUCAGUUUUGCCAUGACGAUUAACAAAGCACAGGGGCAGACUCUCCCCAAUGUUGGUGUGUAUUUGCCUGAACCAGUGUUCUCUCAUGGUCAGCUGUAUGUUGCACUAUCUAGAGCCACUGCCAGAUCGAAUAUUAGGAUCCUUGUUGUCCCGCCCAGUGAUAGGAAUGAUAAGAAAAACAAGACAAAAAUAAAUGGUAUAUACACGAAAAAUAUUGUCUACAAGGAGGUCCUCACUCUAUAAA